CCCACCCCAGCCGGUUCCCGCCGCGCUCCCGCCGCGCUCCCCCGCCCGCUGCUCUCCAGGGCGGAGUUUCCUCCUCUGCUCAUUGUUCGCAGCCCAGCGCCCGCCCAGCCCUGCCCGCCCGGCCCGCCGCCGCCAGCGCGCUCCAGGGGGAGGGGCGGGGGCCGGCGCGGACAGGACGGGAGUCUCCGCAGCCGCCCGCCCGGCCGCAGCCGCGCAGACACCGCCCGCGACGCAGCCGCCUGCGGCUCCCCUACCGCCUGGCUCCGAGCCCCAGCCGGCUCUGCAGCAGCGGCCGCGAGAAGGGGCCACCAGUAAGCGACUCGGGAGCACCGGGUCGGCGCCCGGCCGCCGCAGCCACCAGCAGGCCUCCGCUGCUGCGCCCACGCUCUCACCGCUCGGGCUCCCGGAGCCUCAGCCAACCUCGCAGCCACCUGCUCCGGGCCCGGGGCCAGGACACGAUGAGCUCCGCGCUGGCCCUCUCGGCGCUGCUGCUGCUGCUGCCGCCGCUGCCGUCGCUCUCCCAGAAUGAUGAAAACGCCAGCUCCGUGGCCAACUCUACGACAAAGAAUCCAGGAACAACUGCCCCGCCCGAUGACCCUGGGGCUGUAGCCCCAGCCCCGCCUGGUGACCCUGGGGCUGUAGCCCCAGCCCCGCCCGAUGACCCUGGGGCUGUAGCCCCAGCCCUGCCAAGCACAAAUGCUUCCGCAGCACUCAGUGGCUCCAGCACCACCACUGCCGUUGCAGGCGACCAAAAGGGUGUUCAAGGUUCAGGCCAGACUACCGAACCAACCACGACGAAGACUAACCCAGUUGUCCCCUCGAAGCCAGAAACCACAACCAGCCAGGAUAAAAAGAAAGAUACAGUUCCAACGGGAACCCAAAGCAGCCACAAAGUAGUCCCUACAGAAAUCACAGCCACUACGGGAGGAAGUCUGACGACCUCUCCACCUCCGCAAGCGGUUAACACCUCGGGCACCCCUCCUGCUGUUCCUUCCUCAGCUGCCCCAGCAGGCUCUCAACACGGGACUUCGGGCCCCACCGCCCCGAAGGCUCCAGGGAGCUCACCCACGGGACCCCCACCGUCCAGGGGUCCAGACAUGAUGACGGGCCACACCGCAUCUCAAGAGCCAACUAACACACCGACCACGGCACCCUCGGUUACCUCGGCCGGAAACCAACAGACCUACGUCAAGACGCCAGCCGUCCCUGGGACCACUGAUGCCGUCACUGGGGUCACUGGGGUCACUCCCUGUGUCCCUGGGGCCUCUCCCUCCAUCCCUGGGACUCUGCCGCCUACAGUCGCUCCAUCAGGACCCGUGACCCCGCCUCCUGUCAGACCCACAAGCUCCAGCACUCAGUUGGCUCCAACUGCCCCCCAAGACUCCAACACCCCUUUUCCCACCUCAGCUCUUAAGGAUGAGAGGAUUCAGUGUGAGCCCCCCAGGAGGCUGAACGAGACGAUGCUCAUCCUGAACGUCACAAAAACCGACCUCUGUGCAGGGAGCCCUUCGGAUGACAAGCUGGCCACACUGCUGUGCCGAGCAGCAAAAGCCAACUUCGACCCAAGUCGAGACCAGUGCCAUAUAUGGUUGGUCCCUGCUUCAGAUGUCCAGGCCGUGGCAAUCAAAGAGGUCACCAUCCAGACAAAGCUCCUUCCCAAGGACGUGUACGAAUUGCUGAAGGACAAAUGGGACGACCUCAGGGAGGCGGGCGUCAGUAACAUGCAGCUGGGGGACCAGGGGCCGCCGGAGGAGACGGAGGACCGGUUCAGCAUGCCCCUCAUCAUCACCAUCGUCUGCAUGGCGUCGUUCCUGCUCCUCGUGGCGGCCCUCUAUGGCUGCUGCCACCAGCGCCUCUCUCACAGGAAGGACCAGCAGCGACUCACAGAGGAGCUACAGACGGUGGAGAACGGGUACCAUGACAACCCGACGCUGGAAGUGAUGGAGACCUCCUCAGAGAUGCAGGAGAAAAAGGUGGUCAACCUUAACGGGGAGCUGGGGGACAGCUGGAUCGUGCCUCUGGACAACCUGAUGAAGGAUGACCUGGAUGAGGAGGAAGACACCCACCUCUAACCAGGUCUGCUGGCGGCUGCCGACAGUGCCACGGCACUCCCGACCGAAGCACCUCAAGUGCCGACUGGACCAGGGAGGAAGGUCCUCCCCAUCUGAGGAAAAGACUGGGGUGAGGGGGGGCUAAGCAGACUCAGAGGGACCUGCCUCCCCAUCCCCACAGGGCCUUAAUUUUUCCCUUUUUGAGCUGAACAAAUCACACUCUGUCUAGAUUCCUCUUGUAGCAUAACCCACUAGUGCCUGAGCUCAGAGCUGCUGAAGCUGAGAGGAAGAGAAAUAGAGGAAAGAGCCAUCUAAGGGACCUUAGAGAUCAUCUGGUAGAAUCCCUCCAUUCCACAGACGAGAUGACUGGGGCCUGAGGAGAGUAAGGUCAAGAUCACACAGCUACGUGGUCCUAGUGGACACAAAGUUUCCCUCUUCCGUCCAGUGCUCAUUCCCACCUUGUCGCCCUGCUUUGGCCACUUGCACUCUCCCUGCGGAGCUGCCCUGGGCAGUGGGGAAGCUGCCAGUCUUCAGAUGGGGACAGAAGGGGGAGCAGCGCCAGGUCCUGUCUCGGCGGGAUCCGAUUACUUGAAAGUGUAGGGCCCAAGUUCAAUCUCCUACCCCAGCCUCCUCUGCCAGGGUUCCCGCCCCCUUUGCUCUUUCUCCUCCCUUCACUCAGUUUUUAUUCCCACUCUGUCUCAGGGCCCUGGAACUAACACAAGUCAUUCGUGACCUUGAACACCUUGUUCUGACUUCUGGUUUCUCGACAUUUGCUUAGUGACAUUGGGAUCUCAUCCACACAAGACCCCCGGGGGAACGAGGUCUGCUUAGGGUUCUGUCCACAAGUGAAUAGCAGGGGAAGCCCUUCCUCCUAGGAUGAGUCCUGGCCCAUCACCCCAGGUGCUCCUAUAAGAGGCCCCCCAAUUGUUCCCUUGGCCUCCCAUUUGCACCACAGCAGCUACUGAAGGCAAACUGUUCCUGUUUUGUUUGUGCACUGCUCAUUCAGUGGGACCUGAGCUAGGGAACCCCACCCCCCUGAGAGCCAGCCUGAACAAGCAGCUUCAGGACAGCCUUUCCCGGGACCCCCGAUGGGAGGGAGGUGUCCCAAGAGACAAUCGGUGGAAACAGCCAGGAAGGACGGGCUUCAUUCACUGUUUCAUGGGAAAUUCGAGGACUUUUUCAGUUGCUGAGAGUUUUGUUAUUUUGAUGUAGGUUGUUUGUUUGUUUGUUUAUGUUUUUUGUAAAUCCAGCCCUCUACUGCCAAAGGCCAAAGCUCAGACGAUAGGGAGACUUUCAGUUAAGUCAUCUCACCGAUUGAUUGCAAGUCUCCUGUGCUGCAGGGCAAGAAAGGCCUGGAAAGUUCGGUGUGCAUUUUCAGGUGCAUGCGGGGCAGCCCGGGGGACUGGCCGUCUGUCUGUUACCAGCAGCCUUACUGUUCUGUCACCAAACCGUGUCCUCUUCUCUGUAGUCCUGAAUUCUCCGGCGGCAUCUCAGGGACAAAAAAACGGCGCCUGUUUUUUUGGUGGAGGCACCUGGAGGGAGCUCAGCAGUUAGUGGCCCCGUGGCGGGAGCCUGCGGACUGGGCGUGGCGAGGUUUAAUCUGAUUUUCUGGGAAGGGAGGAUCCGUUGUGGAAUGUCGGACUUUGCCCAAGGUCUCUUGUUCCUGGGCCUAAAUUUCCUGGGACCAACAAGGAAGAUGGGCGGAACUGCUUAGGAGAAUGAAACUGGCCAUUUCUGGGCAAAAAGCCUGAAGUCCAAAACCUAGAGGCAGGCCCAGGCUGCGACAGCUCUGAUGAAAUAGGCUCUCUGCUUUGGGAUAGGUUCCUUAAAAAAAAAAAGUGGGUGGGGAGGAGCUGAGGGGGGAGAUGGAUGUCCUUCCCCAGCUGCCUGAUUCCUUCUUCACUGCAUUUAGCCCUUUGGCCUUGGAGUUCAAGUUGGCCCCAGUGAACUUCCCAAGAGCCAGAGAGAUGCUGGGCUAACAAAGAUCCCAAAGCAUCCGCCUCUAGUAUGGAGAAGUUGGCAGGGUGGAGAACAGCAGUAGUUGGGGGGAAAGAGAGGGGAUCUUGUCACAGUGGAAAAAGAUCUGAUUUUUUCCUUCUUGCCCAGUAUAUGGUUCAUUCCACCCAGUGGGUUUCUAUCAUGACCCCUGGGGGAGAGGCCGGCAGGAUUCCACUGCUUUGCUGAUUCUGGGUCCUGUUUCACCAGCCGGGCCUUUUGACAAAAACAGCAAAUACGUCUCUGGAAAUUGACCUCCAGCCAUGAUCCACAGGCCUCUUGGGGAGAGAGAUGACGCCUGGCAGUGAUUAGAGAGUGACCGUUAGCCUCGGGUGAGAGCCGGUUCGGAGGUUCCAUUGUUUGGUGCAUCCAAACUGUGUUUCUCUAGCCUUUCAGGGCAACUGCAGAGCCAUCGAAGGCCGUGCGGCUGUUUAUCCGUGAGGGCCACAGUCUUCCCAUCUCUGUACUGGGCUCCGACUCCUGGCUGGCAGUUCAGAUUCGGGGGCUGAGGAGAGAGGGGAGGAACAACCAGAACUCAUGGCUUCAAACAAGUUGUACCAAAGGGAGAUGAUGAGCUCUUUACUUCAGUGACACACUGGUUUCCAUAAGCUGCAGACAAGGCCUUCUGCAGGGAUGACCGGACAAGCCCGGG